ACGUGAAGUACACUGUCAUCAAUCAUAAUAUAAAGAAUGUAGAAAGGUGCGUGAUGUGUAGAAGUAUUUUGGAUAAAUUUCAUAUGCAAUUGCCCACAUACAUAAUUCAUAGUUUCUCUUUGUGUACCGAGGACUAAGUAAAUGCAGGAGGAAAACACAAACAGAGAUCAGUCACCAGUUUCAGCGAAGUUACCACACGAUCGUAUAUCAAGGGACUCGAUUACGAUGCGCCGCCGACGGCACUUAUAAUCGUGGCAAGCGUGGUGGGUGUAAGGGUCGGGAACGAGGAAACCCAGUCGCGUGUAAACUCUGGGAGCCGGCGUUAUCUCGUUCAUUGUCACUACGGACGUAUAAAAGACACGCUCUUUCGACAGGUGUCUUCAGUAAAUUUGACUCACUAGCGUGAAGAGGACGACCACGUCCCCGGAUACGAUUCAGUUCUUUCCAACGUCGUGUGUGAAUCUUCGGACGUGAAGCUCGGUCGCGAACAACCGGUUUGUUUGGUGCUGUGCGCGUAUAGGCCUCACCCUCGCGUCGGUCUACGCCUCCGUUCAACCCUCCGCAACCCCCCGCAACCCCCGAUUUCUUCGUUUCCUGGACAAAUACACGAAUACGAUUCUCUCCGUCUUGGUGCCCGUUCGUGUAACGUUCGUGCACUGUCAGCCCGCGUAGUGAAAUCUAGUGAAGUCGCGAAGGACACUUAUGAAGGGGUCCAUCAACGCACCGCGGCCUAUCGUUGAUCAGAACAGAUAUAUUUGGGAUAACGAUUGGAAACAGUAGUGUAGACAAGAGUUGUUAAUUAAGAAUGCGCGAUGACACGGCGAAUUUAUCAGUGGACAGCAAACCCGCGCGAGAGGGCGCAGGGUAUGGAAAUGGAACCCCCCAAAACAAAUUCUCACCGCCAGGAAAAAAUAUUCUUGAAGUACACGCUCCAAGAUGCGGAGAAGGAUAAAGAGGAAACUGAGUAUAUGCUACAAGAGAAUGGCAAACCAAUUGAAUUCGUGCCACCGCAAACGAAGGAGGAGGACAAGCCGGCCACGCCGGCUGAGCCAUCGUUGCCACCAGUGCCUUACUUCAGACUUUUUCGAUUUGCAACAUGCGGGGAGCUGAUGCUGAUCAUUAGUGGCCUGAUCAUGGGAACCCUGACAGGCCUCUGCAUCCCUAUCUCGACGAUACAAUACGGUGAAUUCACCACGCUAUUGGUGGAUCGCAACAUGGAGAAUCUCACGAGCAGCCCUACGCUCAUUUUGAAAUGGUUCGGAGGAGGAAAGGUCUUAGAUGGAAACGCUACAUACGAGGAAAGGAUGGAAGCGCUUUACGACGAUUCGGUAGCUUUUGGCGUAUCCUCCGCCGCGUUGUCCACGCUCCAGUUCUUUUUCGCUGUGUUCACGGUGGAUUUCUUGAACAUAGCUGCGUCCAGGCAAAUCGUCCGGGUGCGCAAAAUGUUCCUACGAGCCGUGCUCAAGCAGGAUAUGACGUGGUACGAUAUCAACACGUCGACCAAUUUCGCAAGCAGAAUCACCGAAGAUUUGGACAAGAUGAAGGACGGUAUAGGAGAGAAGCUCGGCGUGUUCACCUAUCUGAUGGUCUCUUUCAUCUCCUCCAUCAUUAUAUCAUUCGUUUACGGGUGGAAGCUGACGCUGGUGGUGCUAAGCUGCGCGCCAAUUAUCGUUAUAGCUACUGCAGUGGUAGCAAAGGUUCAGAGUUCGUUGACGGCGCAGGAAUUGUCAGCUUACGGACAAGCUGGGACCGUCGCCGAGGAGGUGUUAGGCGCCAUCAGAACCGUGAUCGCUUUCAACGGUGAACAGAAGGAAGUGGACAGAUACGCUGAUAAGUUAAUUCCCGCCGAGAAAACCGGGAUCAGACGUGGCAUGUGGUCUGGCGUCGGUGGCGGCGUUAUGUGGUUCAUCAUAUACAUCAGCUACGCCAUCGCCUUCUGGUACGGUGUUCUGCUGAUCCUGGAGGACAGGCCAAAGGAGGAGAAAGAGUACACGCCCGCGGUGCUCGUGAUCGUGUUCUUCGGGGUGUUGGCCGGUGCCCAGAACAUGGGUCUGACUUCGCCGCAUCUCGAGGCGUUCGCGGUCGCUCGCGGCUCGGCGGCGGCGAUCUUCCAGGUCCUCGAUCGGCAACCGGCGAUCGACAGUUUGAGCAAGGAGGGCCAAAGGCUGCCGUCGGUCAAGGGCGUGAUCGAGUUCAAAAACGUGCACUUCCAAUAUCCCGCGCGAAAGGACGUAAAAGUGUUGCAAGGCUUGAAUCUGACGGUCAAUAGCGGUGAGACCGUUGCCCUCGUCGGCGGAUCCGGAUGCGGGAAGUCCACCUGUCUGCAGCUCAUUCAGCGACUGUACGAUCCAGCCAAAGGACAGGUUUUAUUGGAUGGUGUGGAAAUAUCGAAGUUGAACGUUCAGUGGCUCCGUUCGCACAUAGGCGUGGUCGGUCAGGAACCGGUGCUCUUUGACACAACGAUACGGGAGAAUAUCCGUUACGGAAAUGAUAGUAUUACCGAAGAAGAGAUGAUCAAAGCCGCGAAGGAAGCGAACGCUCAUGACUUCAUCAGCAAACUGCCAGAGUCUUACGAAAGUCCCGUGGGAGAAAGGGGAUCACAAAUAUCUGGUGGACAGAAGCAGAGGAUCGCUAUCGCUCGAGCUUUAGUUAAACGUCCAGCUAUUCUUUUACUGGAUGAAGCUACUUCCGCCUUGGACCUCCAUAGCGAAGCUACCGUGCAAAGAGCUUUGGACGCCGCCGCGAAGGGUAGAACGACGAUCGUUGUUACUCACAGACUAUCAACGAUCACGAACGCAGACAGGAUAGUGUUUAUAAAAGAUGGUCAAGUGGUCGAGCAAGGGACGCACGAGGAACUGCUGGCGCUUAAGCAACAUUACUACGGGCUGGUCUCCGCCGAUGCAAGUGCCAUCGCGAAAGCGAAAGCAACGGCUUCGGCUGCAAAGACGGUCACCGCAGCGAUACCGAAGCAGAAACCACCACCACUCAAGAGGCAGUUCUCUACACUGUCGAUGCACUCACAUCGGUUAUCGUUGGCCGGCGCGUCCGACACUUCGGGAAAUGAACUGGAGGAACACGAGAAGGCCUACGACGCACCACUGAUGAGGAUAUUCAGACUCAACCACCCGGAAUGGCCUUUUAAUUUGAUCGGUUGUUUCGCGGCAGCGAUGGUUGGCGCCUCGUUCCCAGCGUUCGCGGUUCUCUUCGGUGAAGUUUACUACGUCCUGGGUCUCCAAGACGAGGACGAGAUACGCCGCGAGACGAUCAACUUCUCGAUUCUGUUCCUGAUCGUCGGCGUAGUCACCGGUGUCGGCACUUUCUUGCAAAUGUACAUGUUCGGCUUGGCCGGCGUGCGUAUGACCACUAGGCUCCGGAAAAUGACUUUCGCCGCGAUGCUCAAGCAAGAGAUGGGUUGGUACGACGAGGACACGAACAGUGUGGGCGCGCUGUGCGCUAGACUUUCCUCCGAUGCGGGUGCCGUCCAGGGUGCCACCGGGACGCGCGUGGGCGCGAUUCUUCAGGCAUUGUCAACCUUGGUCCUCGGAAUCGGAUUGUCUUUGUACUACACCUGGAAAAUGACGUUGGUCUCGGUGGUGUCGAUACCUCUGGUGUUAGGCGCGGUGUUCCUCGAAGCCAGGGUGAUGAGCGGUCAAGGGUUACAAGAAAAGAAGAAGAUGGAGGCGGCUACGAGGAUCGCCAUCGAGGCGAUUUCGAACAUCCGCACGGUGGCCAGUCUUGGGAAAGAGGAGGCGUUUUUGCAGCGUUAUUGCGUCGAGUUGGAGCACGUUGCCAAGGCGACCAGGAUCCGAAACAGACUAAGAGGAUUGGUAUUUUCGUGCGGUCAGACGACGCCGUUCUUCGGUUACGCUCUGAGUCUCUAUUAUGGUGGCUCGCUGGUAGCCACGGAGGGUCUGAGUUACCAGAACGUGAUCAAGGUCUCGGAGGCGUUGAUCUUUGGUUCGUGGAUGUUGGGACAAGCUCUCGCUUUCGCUCCGAACUUCAACACUGCCAAGAUUUCCGCCGGAAGGAUAUUCAAACUCUUCGACAGGGUUCCGGAGAUCAGCUCGCCACCGGGUUCGGAAGACAGAGAUCUGGAUUGGAAGGCGGACGGGUUGAUCCAAUUCUCGAAAGUCGAGUUCCACUACCCGACGAGACCCGAGAUGCAGAUCUUGCAGGGUUUGAAUCUGAUCGUGAAGCCGGGUCAGAUGGUCGCGUUAGUGGGCCAGAGCGGAUGCGGCAAAUCCACCUGUAUCCAACUGUUGCAACGAUUGUACGAUCCACUUUCGGGCACCGUGACGAUGGACCGUCGCGACAUCUCGUCGGUCUCGCUGCGGAAUCUGAGAACGCAGCUUGGUGUCGUCGGCCAGGAACCGGUACUCUUCGAUCGUACGAUCGCCGAGAACAUCGCCUACGGCGACAACUUUAGGGUGGUGCCGAUGGAAGAAGUCAUAGAAGCCGCCAAGAAGUCGAACAUACACAGCUUCGUCAGCUCUCUACCACUAGGGUAUGAUACUAGGCUAGGAACUAAAGGUACGCAAUUAUCCGGAGGACAGAAACAACGUAUCGCCAUCGCGCGGGCCUUGGUCAGAAAUCCUCGAGUCUUACUGCUGGACGAGGCCACCUCUGCCCUUGAUACUCAGAGUGAAAAGGUGGUGCAAGCUGCUCUGGACAAGGCAAUGGAAGGCAGGACGUGUAUCACCAUAGCGCAUCGUCUGGCCACUAUAAGGAACGCCGAUGUGAUCUGCGUGCUUGAGAAGGGGCUCGUCGCUGAGAUGGGUACUCACGACGAUCUGAUCGCAGCAGACGGUCUGUACGCUCAUUUGCACGCUCUUCAAGAGGCCGCGAUGGAGUAGUCUCGAGCUUCGAGCCGCGUCCAGUCGACGCUCACUCGGGGCUGAUCGCUCCCGCGGAAACGGAAAUGUACGAAAAGAGUAUUUUCCGUGAGAGACGCGUCAGCCCCGGCCUGCGAAGCACGCAGCAACAAAUGGAUGAACUCCGACACGAGAGUAGGACAUACAGAUAUAUCCCCGACGAGAAAGCUCUAGGAAACACGCGCGUCAGGGCUUUUCGUACGGUUUUCAAACAUUGACAAAUGCUUCCUUUGUUUUCUCAGUUGGAUUCCCUGACCCUACGAAAAAAAAAACUUUCUUCAUAGUACUUCGCUACAGUAAUAGUUUCUUUCGCGAUUUUACUUAACCCGCGUCUUCGGCGCGCUUCCUCUUCGCUGAAGAUCAUCUUCAAAGGACAAGAGAAGUUUUCGUUCAUAGCGGACUUGAAUAUUAUUAUAUAUAGAUAUCUUGUCGAUAUUUACUUUGCUCUAUAUACUAACUUAAACGUCGGAACGCUUGCGUCGUCACGGUGCUCGUCUGUUUUACCUUGCCCACGUCUCGUUCGCGAACGUGAGCAGCCGAGGUACUCGUGUAUUCGAAACCGGAAACCGCCCUGUUUCCCGCUUCGUGCAUUCAGUCUCCUUGCUACAAACGAUAAAUCGCAACGUUUCCGAUAAUACCAAGAAAACGUAAGGAACACAAAGCAAUUUUCUCCGGAACGAUAUAUCCCGUUCUUCGUUUUCGUUUCGUCGUUACGUGCGGUCUUUUACGGAUUUGCAGCGCGCCGCGAACAAGAUUCCGUUCGAGGUCACGUAGCCGCGAUCAGAUUCGAUGUACGAUCCGAUCUCCUGAACGACUCGUUAUCGGUUGAGAAUACCAAGCCGAGGGUUGCCGCGAGUAGCCGCGAACCCGAAUAUUUGUCGAUCAAGGGAACGCGCCGAAAAUCGAGGAACGCAUGCAUCGAAUUAAACGGAAACGAAUAGACGCCUCGGAAAACGUAACCGUUGCCUGCCAUUUUGUUCGUCGACAAUUCCGGUCUAAACUCGAAUGAAAAAUGUAUGAACGUUACUCCGGACACGGGCAGCCACCUUGCCCUUUCCUCCGCCACCCUUGCUCGCAAAAUGUAAUCAUUCUCCCGUUAGCCGUUCUAUCGCGCCCGAAGUUCCUUUCGACUCGGGGCGAUCUAUCCAGAAUAUAAAAAAAAAACGUCAAUUGUGUCUGAACGGGUGAACGUUAAUAGAAAUCGUUCAGUAUUCGUGCCUUAGCAGUUAUCGUGCUCCGUGUUCAACUAAGAAAACGUGAUAGUAAGACGCGGGAGGGUGAGCAGAGGACGUGGGGGCCAAUGAUUAGAAUCUUCACACGCCUGGAAUUGAAGUAACGGCUGCUCGAACGAAACACGUAGUCUGAAAAUGUUCGGAAAUUUUUGUACGCUCUACAAACGAGCGUGCAAUUCGCAGAGGCGUUUCCGGGCGUCGAGGACACCUCCGAUCCGGCGGCUGGAUUUCUAUGGUCGAACUCCGCGACGUAUACUUUUCCCGAACUUGUGCCUUCAUACUUGGUAUAUUUAGUGAUAAGAUUCCGGUGGCUGGCUCUAGAGACAUGCCAGCGUGAACCGAUCACGUGCGACACGCGACGCGAACGCGCUAAAGUAUUUUUCAAAUAAUCCCUCUAUUCCCGAUUCGAAUCUUUAAGCUGAUCUUUCGAAACGUGCGUCAGCUUAGAAAUAACGGAGUAACUAUCUUUAUACUAUCAUAUUCAAUAUCUGUACGAAAUAUCAAAUAUAUAAACGUAACAGUUAAAUUGUAUUCGCGUGAGCGAUCGCCGAGUCAAUAGUACUUAAUUUACCUCGCGAUCGAAGGGGGAAGCCUAUGAUCAACUUUUACGAUCGGUACCGAAAUACAAUGCUUUUACUAUAUUUCAUGCGACAAUACAAAUACGUAGCCGUAGAACGUGUUCGAGCCAGGGAACGAGCGUUUCGCGAUCACGAAAUGGCGUUCUGAUGUUCGCGAGUCCAGCGCGAGGAGGCCGGUCGUCACCUGAGGGACUCCGAGCCUGUACUCAUUUUCGCGUACUUACCCCGCCAAGCGGGUCGGUGAGAGAACGAAUAGACACAAUCAGCGACGAUUAUCAUUAAAUCGAACUCACGGUUUUAAUCACUGCUCGCGAUUCGGACAAAUCAAAUCUCAAAACCGAACCAAUUUCAGUCAAAAUUGAGCUUAAAAGUCAUACACUUUUCAUAAAUUGUAAGAUCGAGCACUUAACGACAGAGUGAAUGAAAUUGUCAGAAGCGAACGUGCGCGUAUGUCUGUGUGUGAGAUAGAGAGAGAUUUUAGUUCGUAAAAAAUUCCAAAAUCGUUACUUAAGACUAAGGCUGCGGCAGAGAUCUUAAAAACAAUAAAUAGUGCAAAUUACGUGAACGAGCGAUCGCUUGGUUCAACACGUGUGUGACUUAAAGAAGGGGAAGGAGAACAGCAUUGUGUGGUUAUUUUCUUUCUUUCUUUCUUUCUUUCUUUCUUUCUUUCUUUCUUUGUUCUUCGUUUCCUUUUUUCAUACAUCGAAAGCGUGUCGAGUUACAAUUAUACACCGAUUACUGUGCAGUAACGACAAAGAGGAAGUAUUAAUUUUUUUUUCUUGUUAUACAAACAGAUGGAGCAGAACGUACAGCUGCUGGCAUUAUACAAAAUAAAAUGAAACAUAGUAGAAAAAAAAA